GCGAUGCUAGCGCGAUACUGUCACGUACACCAGCGGUGCGGCCGGAUAUUUCGCAGCUGUAACUUACAGAAACCGACGGUGUUUUAUAAAGCGCGUUCUCGCCGGCAGACAGCUCGUUUAAAGACGUAAAGUUGACACACAAAGGGAUACACCAAAAAUGCCGCGGGGUGAAGAGAAGAACGGGACGGGUGAAGAGAAGAAUGGGACGUGUGAAGGGUCCAUUUGUGUUACCAAUCCUCAUUUGGAUGCCAUGAAGGAUGACAUCCUCUACCACUUUAACCUCGGGACAUCCAGUCACGACUUGCCAGCCAUGUUUGGAGACGUCAAAUUUGUGUGUGUAGGUGGAAGUGCGUGGAGAAUGAAGUCUUUCACUGAAUACAUUGCAAAGGAGCUGGGGCUCGAGGACCCUAAUGGAGAGUACCCAAAUAUAUGCGCAGGAACCGAUCGCUACGCCAUGUACAAAAUUGGACCUGUGCUGUCCGUCAGUCAUGGCAUGGGCAUCCCGUCAAUCUCCAUAAUGUUGCAUGAGCUUAUCAAGCUGCUCUAUCACGCUCGCUGUACUGAUGUUACAGUAGUGCGCAUUGGGACAUCAGGUGGAAUAGGUUUAAAGCCAGGCACCGUGGUGGUUACCAAGCAGUCGGUUGAUGCUAUGUUCCGCCCCUACCUCGAGCAGAUUAUCCUGGGCAAACCGGUCGUUAGGGACACUGAUCUUGAUGGCAAACUUGCAGAGGAGCUGCUCAAGUGUGGCCAAGACCUUGCAGAGUUCGAAACUGUCAUUGGUAACACAAUGUGCACGCUUGACUUUUAUGAAGGUCAGGCUCGGCUGGAUGGUGCCUUCUGCUCAUACACCGAGGAUGAUAAACAGCGCUUUCUUACUGAGGCCUAUGCUGCUGGGGUUCGUAACAUUGAGAUGGAGUCAUCUGUCUUUGCGGCCAUGUGCAAACUGAGUAAUCUUCGAGCUGCUGUUGUGUGUGUGACACUACUGGAUAGGCAGAAAGGAGACCAGCUCACCAGCUCUCAUGAUGUCCUGAACGACUACCAGAUGCGCCCUCAGGUGCUAGUGGGACAUUACAUCAAAAAGAAGCUGAAUGCCUCCAAGAAAAGCUAGUUGUUCGCUAGCUAGAACAUUAACAGGCAGAUGUUUAUGCAGACUAAGAUAGGAAACAUUAUAUGUUGUGGUUUUAUUUAUAAAUUUUCUUAAUAUAUGUAACCAGCCCGAAUGUCCAGUAUGAAUGAAAGUGACCAAAGUAAAAACAA